AUGGAUGAGGAUAUGAGUCAAGUACCACGUGUUAGAAGGUCCAGGGUGUGGGAGCAUUAUGAACAAGAUCUGGUUCGCAUACAUGGUGAUCUCAAGGCUGUGUGCAAGAAGAAUUUUCUGUUGACUAUGAAAAAAACAAAUUCCGAAGGCCCGUUUGUGUUUGAUCAAAAAGUUUGCCGUGAUCUCAUGGUCAAGUUUUGCAUCCAUGCUGAGAUCCCCAUUCUUAAGUUUGAAGAUCCAUACCUUCAGCCAUGGAUUGACUCAAUGCAGCCAGCAUUUCAAGUCAUGGGUCAUCACACAAUUCAUGAUGAUGCAAUGAAGAUGUACAAGGGAAUGAAGAAAGACAUCAAAGUUGAGUUACAAAAUUUGGAUUCUCGCAUUUGCUUAACAUCUGAUAUGUGGACUUCAUCAUAG